ACUUUAGAAUCAACUGAAACCAGUGAGAUUCUCACACUUCACAUGUCCUGUGCCACAGAGUUGAGCUCUCAGAAAUAAUCCACAUCCUUUCACGCAAUGGAGGAAAUUUAUGUCAAUGAACGAUAUGUCAAACCUGCCAACAAGCCAUCUACAAAAAAACCCACAGGUCCAAGGAGCUACAAGAGAAGCUUUUAUUUAGUUGUCAUUCUCUCGUUGGGGCUGCUGGCUGGACUUCUCACUCUUGCUUUCUACUACAAAAACUCCUUACAAGAUUCAGCUGAAUAUCUCUCAAUGAGUAACAAACUUUCCUCAAUAACUGAGGAGAGAGAGCUUCUAAAUGCAAAUGUCUCUGUAGUUCGUAACCAACUUUCUUCUAUGACUGAGGAGAGAGACCUGCUGAAGGCCAACCUCACUGAAAUGACCAACGAGCUGGAGAGACUGCAGCGUUUGUUCAACCAGAAGAAAACAUGUCCUGCGGGAUGGAGCGAGUUCAGAUGUAGCUGCUAUCUCCUCUCUGAAAGAUCUGACUCCUGGCAUUCAGCUAGAAAACACUGCACAGACCAAGGAGCAGAUUUGGUGGUGAUAGACAGCCCUAAAGAACAGGACUUCGUCACUUCAUUCACCCAGAAAGAGACUUGGAUUGGUUUAAAUGACAUAGAACAAGAGGGAACGUGGAAAUGGGUAGAUGGAUCGCCUCUGACUCUGCAAUACUGGGCAUCUUAUCAGCCUGACGACCUGUUGCUUAGAGAGGACUGUGCUCAUAUCAGAUAUCAAGAAACUUCCUGGAAUGAUGAAAGAUGUGAAAAUUCUCUCCAAUGGGUCUGUGAAAAACUACUGUAAAAGUUGAAUUUGUUGGAAAAUUGGAUUUGUAAUUUUUUUUCUAAUUAAGCCAUGAUUGUUAUUUUAUUUGCAUUUUUAUAUAUCCUUUUCUGAAUAAGUAUUAAGCUUUAGUGAAAAACAACCCUUGAAAUAUAACUAUGUCUAUAAUAACAGUAAUAAUAACGAAUAACUCACCCAUUUUUUUUUUGGAUAGCACUUCUAAAAACAUACAGUCACAGCACACAGUUUUACUUUAGAGAAUCAAAUGCAGCCCCUUAUUAGGAAGAAGAUAAAGACUGUAGUUCCUGUCAUAAAAAAAAGAAAAGAAAAAAGACCGUGGUCUUCUUUAGUGUGUGCUCAGUGUGGUUUCAGUCAAUAAUUACUGUCACUGGGGAAAUGGUGUCAACAUGUUUUGAAUAAUUUUGUGGUAUUUUUAUUGAUAAUGUAGGUUUAUUGCAUGAGUUCUGUUUAGACUCUUUCAGCGGUUGUAAAAGCGUUUUGGCAUCUCAAAGAUUAGACCUAAGAGCUUCAUCUAGAGAGGACUGUUAAAAUUGUUACAUUUCAGUCUACAACAUUUGGGCAUUAUUGAGUAAUUUGCCAGACAAUAUUGAGUGUUUUUAGUUUGAAACAUAGCUAAACUGUUCUCAGGUGUGCGGACAUGAAACA